GGGAAAUAACGAGAACGAGUAUUUUACAUAUUUAUCGGUUUCCUGCAUAUUUGCCUGGAAAUAUUCUAUCACCGAUACAUGCCGAAAUUCCUGCUCUACUAGGCUAAUAAAGAAAAUUUGUUCAAAUAGUGAUGCAAAUGUUCGACAUAUCGAGAACCGCUUCUCGUAGCGCUUCGAGUUUGUCGUUCGACUCGAUCGUUACUCGUUAAACCGAGACACGGUGAUCAUGGCUUGGAUCGCAGACUGUGGCGAUUUUUUAGAAUUCCAGGAUAAUCUGAAGAAAAUGAGACUUUUAGAUGACAAAAUAAUUUAUACAUUGAACACUGCGAUACCCACCGAUUCGUUCAAAGGCCAGGUGAAUGCGACCGCAAAGUGUAAGGAUCUGUUUCAACAAAUUCAAACAGGUCACGCACAGAGAGAAGUUGCGAUUCAGACGUGCAUAAAUGCUACCAAAGACCGUGUCAAAAGUUUGAAGGAACAGAGGGAUUCUGGAAAAGACGAUCCUGAGCUAUUAAAAUCUCUGAGAAAAGAACAAAAUAAGUUACGUUUACUUCAGACUGAACUGAAUGUAGAAGACGUUGUUAAACAACAAACAACCCGGGUUUAUAGUGAACGAUGCCGUUCAUAUUAUAAACCACCUAGUAAACAAUUGUGAAAAAAUUUUUAUCCGGACAUUAUUUUUAUGACAAGUAGUUGUUUUAUACAAUGUCGUUAUACUGUCAGUCAUGUGUAUAAACUAGAAAUUUUUUUUGACCUCUGGUGUUUUAACAGAAGUCGUAUAAUCAAUGUUUAAUUGAGUGAAACAACGUUACUGUCAGAUUACAAGUGUUAUUUGAUCUAAAUGAAAUCAUUUCUUUCUAUUUACACCCUUUAUAAACAUAUUGAUGACUUAUGAAUGAAUAUCACACCUUCAAUGAAAGUGCUGACUUUGUAAAUAAAUACCUGUAAUAAAACUUAUGUCCUGCAACCUAUAGAAUGCCAUAUUUACAAUGAAAUAAAUUUGUGAUUCACUGAAAUCAGCAUAAUCGGAUGAUCAAGAAUUAGCAGCUGAAGUCAGCACUUUAUUUUCGUUAUUGUUUAUUCUAAUUCAAAAUGUAGAUUUUCUGUACAAGCAUAUUAUAAAGGUAGAAUUCUUUUAACAAUGAUCAGAGAUCAACAAACUUAUUUAAUACUAUAAUUUGUACAGGAUACCCAAACAUAUAACAUGAAAAUUUUUCGACCAAACUAGGAAGCUUGGUUUAAAAUGAUCUAAUCAUCACAAAUAAUGUACGCUCAUCUUAAAACGUGAGCAAUAGCUAAUUGUCAACCUUGGUUAACAAUUGUGAAUUAUAAUAAUUAAACACUCUAAAUUCCACUUAUAGAUUUCUACUAUGACGAACACAAAUUUUUCAUCAAUAUAAUUUCUAAAUAACUUGCUACAAUUUAAUAAACAUGACAUGACACUUUUUCCUUUUCAGUAAAAUCAGAAACAGUUCCACUCUGCAGAAAAAUUCAAAUUCCACGUGGGA